AUGGAGAAAAAAGUAACCAGAAUGAUCCCGGCGUGCCGAAAAUCAUCGCAGGCCAUAAUGAUGGUCCCUUUUCAGGUUUGUUUGUUUAUCAAGUCGAAGUUUCGUGUUCACCCGAACAAACCGGGCAACAAAGGAACCGGAUAUCUUCUGGCUGGGUCUUAUCGGUGCACCGUCGUGGCGUUUGAACGACGUCUCGCGGCCAAGGUCGCAGCAGUUCCCCGCGGGAUAAAACCCGAGCUGGUCAACUCGCGCCGCCCGCUGUUCCUACAUGACGUUUCACACCUCGGGCCGCCGAGGCCGGCGUGGGGGUCACGUCCCCUCACUGAGAAUUCGACCGGCAGUCUCGGUCGCGAUCGGUUCGUGACAAACCGAGAUACUUAUCGUGAUUGUUUUCCGAUCCGGACGCCCGCCGUAAGGACGAGUGGGAGCCUGGGAACGCGGCUC